AUGGUAGAGAAGUUUGAAGGUAACACCGCAUUCUUUAAGGACGGGGCAUCGGCACAAGUAGAUACCGUCAUAUUUGCAACUGGCUACCAAUCUUUGUUUCCAUUGCUUGAUGAGAAACUGGCAAUUUCAAAGGAAACGUCAUUCUACUCAGAGAAGAUAUACAAGGCGACCUUGCGCAUCGGUGUGGCCAAUCACAAAUUAUACAUCAUGAAUUUGAUUCCGGAUGAGCCAAAGUCAAUCGCAGAUAUGGAAUCUCAUUCGAAGAAGUUAGUAAAAAGGGGAAAUGAGCUGAAGGAGUUCGUCUCAAUUGCGACCUUUCAGAAGGACAUAAUGCUGGAGCUUGCGGCAGACGCUGGAUGCCAAACGACCGCUUUGGAAUUGAUUCAGGCGUUUGAAGUCUGGAAGAAGUACCGGACAGAUGCAAACUGCGUCACAAACGGGAGACAUGGUCAGUUUCGGUCAUCAGUGACGGGCAACCUGGGUCAUGAUAUACCGCCAUAUAUCUCAAUUUUCGACGACAGUCUUGAGACAUGGCUGCAAUACUGA